AUGGCUUGUAAACUACAUCGUGUUCGUUUUUAUAAUCCUAAACCUGAGCAAAUAAAUUGCGUCACUUAUAACAAGAGUAGUAAACUUAUGGCAUUGGCAAGACGUGAUGCAUCUAUCGAAAUUUGGGAUUUAAAUUAUGCACCUUAUCUAUUGAAAUUUAUUCCGGGUGAAGAAAACACUUCAGUAGAAGCACUUGGAUGGGUUAAUCAUAGACUGCUCUCUACUGGUCUCGGAGGAGCAUUAGUGGAAUGGGAUAUGGAUACUCUGUCUAUCAAAUCUACAAUAAUUCUCACUGGUUACGCUGCAUGGUGUCUUGAUGUUAACUCAACUCACACUCUUGUGGCUGUAGGAACGGAACAAGGCUAUAUAAAUUUAUAUUCAGUCGAAAAUGAUGAAAUCGUUUAUAGAAGACUUUUUGAUAAACAAGAGGGUAGAGUAUUGUGUUGCAAAUUUGAUAAUACAGGGAGUGUGUUAGUUACAGGAUCAAUUGACACAAUCAGAGUAUGGAAUGUUGAAACUGGUCAUGCUACCUGUCGUAUGUCUGUUAGUAGACGAGGAAAAGAAACUAUUGUUUGGUGCCUUGCAGUACUCUCUGAUAAUACUGUUGUCUCUGGAGACAGUUAUGGAAGACUCACCUUUUGGGACAGUAAUCUUGGAGAUCAGAUUGAAUCAUAUAAAAGCCAUAAAUCUAAUAUUUUGUCAAUAGCAGUUUCGGAUGACGAAAGUAGUCUGUAUUGCAGUGGAACAGAUCCAGUAAUUAUGAAUUUUGUUAAAGUGAGCAAUACUACUGGAAAACAAACAAGUGCACAAUGGGUGAAAAAUGUGCAAAGAAAUAUACAUGAACAUGAUGUCAGAGCUCUAGUGAUAAAUGGUGAUAAGUUGAUAUCUGUGGGAGCUGAUGGUUACCUAACUCUGUCUAGCUAUCCACCAAAAUGGGUGAUGAGAAUACCUCCCAUGGUUCCUCCUCCUAGGUCAUCUGUGUGUCCUCAAAAGAAAUUACUUCUGCUGAGAUACAGCAACUACCUCGAAGUUUGGAAACUUGGAUCCUAUGCUAUAAACGAAAGUGGAAAUGUAACAAUAACAAAUGUAAAUAUGAAUGUCAAGCAACAGGACAGUAAUAAUGAAUUAGAACAAGACACAGAAAUAGAUGUUAAGAAUGACAUCAAUAUUGAAAAACAACAUGAAACAAAAAGUUUGAAAGUAACAGUAAAACCAGUAAAACUUGUAUCUAUACAAACUAAAGGGAAUAAACAAAUCAAGUGUUGUGAACUUUCUCCGAGCGGGGAACUGAUUGUCUAUUCUACUGACAGUAACUUUAGAAUGUUAAAGCUGGACUGUGACGAAGAUCAAACCAACGUAUCUUUAGCAAAAGUAUUAGUUAAUGGGCUACCAAGUUGUGAUCGCGUGGCUUUUACUGCGGAUUCGCGUACGAUGGUCGCUUAUAGAAAUGGGGAGUUAAAAGUUUUACAAGUUGACCCCGAGGCAGGCGCCACUGUAGUGCAGAGCAUAUCUUGCGAGAAAUACCUUAGAUCGAAAUGUAUACUUCAUCUUAAUAUAUCAAAAAAUACUCCGUCGAAAAAGGUUUACUUAGUAGCAGCUGAUACAGAAGGUGAUGUUGCAGUUUGGGUAAAGAAACCUAAAAAGUUUGAAUUCUACGUCUCGUUGCCGAAGUAUAGAUGUGUGCCAUCCACUUUGACUAUAGAUGACAAAAACGAGAAACUGAUCAUUGCAUAUGUGGAUCAAGAGAUAAUCGAGUACGACCUAAUAAAGUCGAAGGCGCGUAAGUGUGAGGUUUGCGAACGUCCGGAGUGGCGCGCGCGUACUGCGGCCGCGAUGGCGCUAGUGACGCACCCCACACGCGACGCUCUACUGGCGAGAGAUGACACCUCAUUAUGGCUACUGGACUCUUCACCCCAAACUGACAACCAUCAGGACAAGACUGAGGAACCAAGUCCAAAGAAAAAAAAUACAGAGAAGAAAAUAAGCAACCUUAAUGCCCAAAUUAAAAUUAUCCCUAUAAAGUACUUGGCUGGAUUCCAUUGGCUUUCAGACGAUGAAGCUGUUACGUUAGAAAUUUUACCAGAAAACAUUAUUUCUCAAUUGCCUCCAGUUUUAGCAACUAAGAGACACAAUGUAUAGAUAUUCAAUAUUUUCGAAAUAUAAAAAUAUAUUUUUAAA